AUGGAAGCUUCAACUUAUAGAUUGCAAAAAGUUGACUUCCUUCUUGAACAAAUUGAUUACUUAACUGUUCCUACUAAACAAGCACUUGCAAAACCUAGACUUCAAAAUAUUUCACCAGGAAUUCCUACUAAACAAGAAAAACAACCUGAAAAGGCAACUAAUGAUCAAGGAAAGUCUAUUCAACCUCAAAAAGACAAAUUUGACGAACAUCUUGAAAUCCUCAAACGCGCUUCUAAAGCAUCAAAACCUAAAAACUCUCCGGAACGCAAGAAUAAGAAAUAUCUUGAUACAUCAGAAACUGAAAGUGAAGAAAUCGAUAUACCUAAAACAAUUUUGAAUGUUGGAUACAAUUUCGCUCCUAAAAAUAUUAUUAAUAAGCGUAUACCUGUUAGUGGAGGUAUUUCAAUGAAUAAUACUAAGCCUAAAGCCGAAAAAUCUACUUUACCUUAUGAAAAAGAAAAAGAUUUAUUCCAAAAAGUUCACGAUGCAAUGAACAACAAUGAAAGUUGUGAUUUUGGAGCCAAACCAAAAUCUCCACCUAGACAAAGUACAAUAAGAAAAGGAGAAAAUCCAGAAGGCACCAAAAAACUCGCCGAAAAACUCAAACAAGAAAGACAACAAAGGAAUGAAGAAAAGAAACGAAAAUCAUUGCGAAGAAUUCCACAAUAUGAAGAUGAUCAGCAAAGCAAUAACACAACUAAUAGUUUUGAUAGUGAAGACUCAGAAGAAGAGUUGCAAAUCAUUCCAUCAAAGCCUAAAUCAUCGUCGCCUAAAAAGGCACCGACAAUUCCAAGAAUACAACCUAAUUUAGCUAGUAGAUAUGAAAUAUCAACUAAGACAAAUAGAAACCAGUCAAAAGAAGGUCAAAAUUCCAAGGAAAAUGGAUAUUAUGAUAUUCAUAAGAAACAAAAAGAGAUUAAUGGUAUAGCAGGAAAGAAAAUUACGCAUAUUCAACCUAAAAAUCAACCAAAUAUUCCUAAGGAAUUGCCAUUGGCUCCGAAAUUUGAGAAAUCUGAUGAAUCUUUUAAUGAAGAAGAGGAAGACUCUGAAGAAAUGCAAGUUAUCCCAUCAAAGCCUAGAAUUUCUCGUAUUCCAAUAAGAAAUAGUCCACCAAAGUCAAAACAAAUUGAGCAAAAAUAUAAUAAUAAGAAUAUAUCAAAUGAAUCUGAUUCAAUAUCAGAAGAUCUCCUUAAGUCACCUAAGUUUCAAGCUAAGUCGCAUAGUUUUAUUGAAGAAGAAAGCGAUAUUGAACUUCCAACUAAAAACACAAAGAAAGAACUUAGUGAUAAUGACGGAUAUAACGAUGAUAUUGAAGAAGAAGAUAGUGAAAUUGAAACUCCUUCAACUAAUGAUAAAUCAAAAUUAAAUAAAUUUAAUUCUUCCGGAAAUAAAGUUCCUGUGAACAAUCCAAGCAAAUAUAAUCAAUAUAAUGAUGAAGAAGAAAGUGAAAUUGAAGAACCUUUAAGUAAUAUUAAAUCAAAAUUACAAUCUUCUGAAAACAAAGUCCAAAUUAACAAAAAUAGUCAGUAUAAUGAUGAUAAUUUGGAAGAAGAAAGUGAUAUUGAAGAACCUUUAGUUAAAUCUAAAUUUAAUUCUGGAAAACAAAUUCCUGUUAAAGAGUCGAAACAAUCAAAUAGUAGUAGGUAUAAUGAAAUUCCCCAAAGACCUAAUAAUAUCAAAGAAACAAGAUUCCCUGAAGAUGAAUAUUCUUAUUCUGAUGAUUCCAUUGAUGAAGAAGUUGAAAAAAUCAUCAACAAACCAAAAGUUACUAUUCAAGAGCCAAAUGAUAAUAAUCUUAGUGAUUCAUACGAUGAGUCAUAUAAUGAAUCAAUUGAUGAACCUGAAGAAAAAACUCUUAAUGAAAGUAAUCUUCAAUCAACAAUUCAAAGCGAGAAAUCAAUCACUGAUAAAAAUGGUUUAUCUCUUACAUCAACUUAUGAUCCAAAUAGAACUCAGACAACAGAGAUGUCAAGGAAAUCAUUGCAAUCAUUCAUUGAAACAGAGUUGAAAGCAAUGAAAGAAAUGGAAGCUGAACAAAAUCAGAAUCAAAAGCAACAACAACGUCCUGAACAAUCGAGAAGUAGCACACAGAAAUCAUCAUCUUAUUUCUAUACUUAUAGCGAAGAAGAAGAAUAUGAUGAUGAAUCAGAAAAACCAAAGAUGGAAGUUGAUACAGGAUUUGUUCCUGUAAACAACGAAAAGAAAUCAUUUAAGCCUCCUGUUGUUCCUAUCUUCAAUAAGUUAAUGAAUUCAAUGAAUAACAAACAAGAACAACCUGAAAAUAAUAUGAGUAGUAGUAAACUUGUUGAAGAAAAGAUAUUAGAUGAUGAUAAUUUAUCAAAUAAAUCUAAGAAUACAUCAAUCAAACCUAAAGCUGUUGAUUCACAAGGAGAAACCAACAAAUUAUCAAAGAAUUCAACAGAUAAAUCAAAUAGUUCAGCAACAAAUAGACAAAACAUUAAUAAGGAAUUCAAUGACACAGACAAAUCUCUAAAUAAUAAGUCAAAGAAUUCUACUGCAAGCAAACAAACUAUUAACAAUGAUCUAAAUUAUACUGAUAAUUUAUCUUAUAAAUCAAAGGAGUCAACUGCAAGUAAGCAAAGUAUUAAUAAGGAAUUUAAUGAUACAGAUAAAUCAUUAACUAACAAAUCAAAUAAUUCUACAUUAAGCAAACAAAAUAUUAAUAAGGAAUUUAAUGAUACAGAUAAAUUAUUAACUAACAAAUCAAACAAAUCUACAUUAAGCAAACAAAGUAUUAAUAAUGAAACAGGAAAUUCAUUCGGAGUUGAUUCAAAUAUAUCUACAUUUAAAUCAGAAAUGAAUGAUACAGAUAAAUCCCUUACUAAUAAAUCAAAAAAGUCUUCAACAGGCAAACAAAGUAAUAAUGAUUUAUCUCUUAGAAAUAGUUCUAAACUCUCUGCAAUUAAGUCUGAUGAAAAAGAUAACAAACUUAAUGCAAGUGGAACAGAUAAAUUAUCAAAUAAAUCGAAGUUGAAUGAUUCUAAAGUCAGUACAGAAAAAUCAAACACAAACAAUGAUGCACUAGUUAAUAGUUCAAACAUUUCAUCACCAAAAUCUCAUGAUUCAAAGCAAAUUCUUAAUGAAGAAUUGGUUGAAACUGAAAAAUCUCGGACUUCAAGAAACAAUUCAACAUUAAAUUCACAAAGGUCUUCAACAAUAAAUAAUAAUUCAAAGUCGGAUGAUUCAGGAAUCAAUUUGAGUUUCACUGAUAAAUCUAAUGCUGAUAAUGAAUCAGAUGCACUUUUGUCUGAACCGAUUGAAGAUGAAAAUUCAUCAUUAAGAAUCACUGAUAAACAGAAAACAAAUGGAUCAAAACAGAAUAUAAUAACAGAAGAAAAUGCAACAUUGAAAUCGUCAGAUAAGACUAAAAUGAUUUCAGCAACAAUUAAUAAGACAGAUAAAGACAAUUCUGAGUUGAGUUUGUCACUUUCUGAUAAGUUCAAAGUUGAUAAUUCAACAUUGACAGGAAAAUCCAAGAAUGAUACAAUUAAAUCAAAGAAGUCAUUAGAGAAUACCAAAAAUUCCGCUUUAAAGUUAGCAGAUGAAUUGAUGAAUGUCACUGACAAAUCAAACAAAGGCCCAACUAAAUCUAAGAUAUCAAUGGAAAACACCGAAAACUCUGCACUUAAAUUAGCAGAUGAACUCAUGAAUGUCACUGACAAAUCUAAGAAAUCUUUGGAAAACACCGAAAACUCUGCACUUAAACUAGUAGACGAACUCAUGAAUGUUACCGAUAAAUCUAAGAAAUCUUUGGAAAACACCGAAAACUCUGCACUUAAACUAGUAGACGAACUCAUGAAUGUUACCGAUAAAUCAAACAGAGAUCCAACUAAAACAAAGAAUUCAAUGGAAAACACUAAUAACUCUACACUUAAAUUUGCUGAUGAAUUAAUGAAUAAUACAUAUAAAUCAUUAGAAAAUACAGAAAACUCCGCGCUUAAACUUGUAGAUGAAUUGAUGAAUGUUACAGAUAAGUCAAGUACAGGAAAAUCACUGAAAAGUACAAAGAAUGGAUCUACAUUUGAAAUUACUGAUAAAUCGAAGUCAACUAAGCCAAAUACUCCAUUGGAUUCUACUAAUAAGUCAAUCAAUAACUCUCAAAAUGAGCUUGAUAAAAAUAAUUUAUCAUUAUCAAUUUCAGAUAAAUCUGAGUCAACUUUGGAAAAGUCUAAUAAAUCCAAGAAAUCACUUAAAGCAAAAGAUAAUAGUUUAUCAUCUUUGUUACCUAAAUCUGAUGAUUUAGCACAAACUACACCAUAUAAAUCAGUUGAAUUAGUCGGUAAAUCAGAUGAUGAAUCCAAAGAAAACGGUUUAUCGGAUUAUUCAUUUGGUGAAAGUUUAUCAGCUACAAAUAGUUUGAUGCCAAAUGAUGAAGGAACUAUGUUGCAAUCAUUAACUCUUACAGAUGAAAAACAAUCUACAAAUGCACAGAAUUUAACAGAUAAAUCAAAUCAAAACUCAAAUAAUAAUAGUUUAACAGGAAAAUCAAUUAAAAAUAGUGAUGUUUUGUUCAGUACACUUAACGAAACAUCUUCAUCGACACUUACUUCACCUAAACAAAGUACUAUUCAUGAUUCAACUAUCCAUAAAGAUGAAUUCCUUCCUUCUUCAACAAAAUCAAGUAGCAGUAAUAAAUCUAAACCUAAUGAAUUAUCUCUUGCCAAAGAUUUGAAUUCUAAUUCGAUUGCAAAAGGAGAAUUAAGUAAAAUUGGUUCAAUUAGUGAUAAAACAUUGACUCAAGAUGAAAAUCUUGAAAGUACUUCAUUAGUUAUUCAAAAAAUUCCUGUUUGGGAUUCCGAGGAAGAUGAGGAAAGUAUUGAUGAAUCUGUAAUUAAACCUUUAGUUCAAGAAAGUGUUUCUAAUGAUGAGAAAUCUAAAUCAUCUUCAUCUCAAAACAAAACAGGAACAAUUGCAACUCCUAAAGCAAAUCAAUAUAAAGAAAGUUUAUUUGAUAGUUCAUCAACAACUGAUUCAACAACACUUGAAUGUUCUUUGUCAAAACCUGUUAAUUUAUCAAAAUUAGAUGAAAGAACAAAUUCAUUGCGGCAAAGUGUUGUUUCACAUCAUUCAAACAAAAUUGAAGAUAAUAUAUUAUCAUCAUCAACUAAAACAGACACAAUUGAUCUUAAAACUAAAGCAAUUAAUAACAAACCAAUUGAAAAUGUAUUGUCAUCAUCAUCAUCAGCUAAAACAGAUUUUAUUGAUAUCAAGACUAAAGCAAUUAACAACAAGCCAAUUGAAAAUGUAUUGUCAUCAUCAACUAAAACAGGUUCUAUUGAUAUCAAGACUAAAGCAAUUAACAGCAAGCCAAUUGAAAAUGAUUCUGAUAUUGAAGAAGAAAAUCUGAAUUUGUCAACAAUUGAUGAACUUGAAACUAAAACAUUUGAUAACAAACCACAUAAGAAAGGAAAUGUUUAUGACUUCGAGAAAACAAGAUCUUCGUCAAGCAAAGACUCUGAUAAUGCUGAAUAUGUUACUCAUCCUCUUAAAAAGAUCCUUCAAGAAAAUGCAAUCUUAGAUGAAGAAGAAGAAGCUUCAGAUGAUGAAGAUUCAUUAUCUAAACCAGUGAAUUUAUCAUUAGCUAAGUCAUUCUCUGAAUCAUUAAAUGAACAGAAAAAUAGUAUGAAACCUUUGGAUCAAGAAAGUGUUUCUAAUGAUGAAAAAUCAAAUGUUCAGACUCCUUUAGUUUCUCCUAAAUACAAAGAAAGUCUCUUUGAAAGUUCAACUGUAACUGAUGGAACACUUGAGAGUUCAAUGUCUAAACCAGUAAAUCUCUCAAAGAAUGAAUCAAAAGUUGGUUUACCAUCAGAAACAGCAGAACUUAGCUUCAGUUUAGGUGGUGGAAAUUCACAAAUAUCAGCAAAUGAAGAAGACUUUGAUGAUAUGACAUUUUCACUUCUAAAUAACGGGAAAACUAGACCUAAACAAACUAAAAAUGCUACAGUUAAAGGAAUUGAUGAUGAUUCCGAUAUUUGGUCAACAAAUGGAGGACUCAAAACUCAUAAUAUCUUUGAUAGUACACGUCAAUCAACAAAUAAUAAAACUGAUAAGUCCCAAAAGACUAAUGAAAAAUCAUUGACAAAGACUGAUAACUAUCAAGAUAAUUAUGGUAAAUCAUUGACAAAGACUAAUGAUUCUCAAAGAAUUGAUGAUAAAUCAUUGACAAAGACUGGUAAAUCUCAGAAGAUUGAUGAUGAAUCUUUAUUAUUAUCAACAGAUAAAACUCUUACAAAAUCUGCUGAAAUCAAAGAUGACUCGUUAUUAUCAAUUGAUAAAUCAGCAUCUGACAAAAUUUUGUCAGUAUCAGGAAAUUCGAAUAUUUUAUCAGAGAAAUCUUAUGAGGAUUCAAAGAUGAUUAAUUCACAACCUGGAAUAUUAUCUGAUGAUAGUUUAAGAAAGAGUAUUUCACAGAAGUCAAGCUCAAGCAAGGCCCAAUCAAAUGUAUUAAAUAACCAAAAACUUGAAGAAAAUUCAAUUGAUGAUGAUUCAUAUAUUUUAUCAGAAAAAUUAACCGAUGACUCAAUGAAUUUGUCAUCAAAUGACGAAUUUAGAACAAAGAAUGUUGCAAAAGAUGAUGAUGAAGAUUCUCUUAUGAAUGUUUCUACCAUUGAUGACUUAAAGACAAAGAAAGUUUCUAAAAAUAAUGAUAAAGAGGAAGAUUCUCUUAUGAAUGUUUCAACAAUUGAUGAACUGAAAACAAAGAAAAUUUCAAAAGAUGAUAAAGAUAAAUCAUAUGCACAAAGUGAUUUAAGGAAAUCUACGACAAUGAUUUCAACAAUUGGUGAUGAAUUGAAGACAAAAGAAAUUUCAAAGAAAUCGACACAAAGUGUUUCUAAAAGUACUUCAAAUGAUACUCAAGACUUAACAUUUGGUCCAUUAAGUACAACAACUAAUUCAACAAUGACUUCUACAUUUAAUUUGAAUACAUCAAACUCACCACAAUCUAAGGCUUCAAAGCAAUCUCCAAAGCAAAAUACAUUGACAGAAGAAAUAAUUGAAGAUGAUACUGAUACAAAAUCAAUACCUCCUUUGCAAGAAAAGGAAAUUUUAUCUGAUGACGAAACAAUUAAUCAGUCUGGUCUUCAAAAACUAGAAGAAGAACAUAUCAGUUCUCAACCUGUUCAUGAAAAGCUUCCAGAAGAAAAUUCAACAAGAAAGAGUUCAACAAACAAGAUGAGAGUUUCAUUUAGUCCCGAUGUUCUUUUGCCAUUUGUCAGGAAAUCUAAUGCAAGUUCUCAACUUGUUAAUCAGUACGAGAGCGAUGAAAGUCUUAAUAAUGAUAACUUUGAUAUCACUCCAAUGGAACACCUUGAGAAAUAUGCAAAGGAACAUUCAGAAUUAUCGAGAAUUUCCGGUUCCAGUCUUUCUCAAUCAACAACAAUGGCACAGUUAAGCUAUGAAGAAGACCAGGUUCUUAGAUCUGUUUUACCACGUGCUGUAAAUAUGAAUACACAGGAGAUAUAUGCUGCCGUCUCUAAAGAAAUGAGUUUACCAAGAAAUAAUCCUUCAGUUGCGAAUAUUGUUGCAAAUAUUUGCAAAUAUCUUGGUAUUGAAACAGAAAAAUCAAACCCGCUGCAAGUAACUCAAAGUCUACCAGAUAUUAGUGAAAUGGCUGAGGAAUCCAGCGAUGAUUAUUUUUAA